GACGUCGUUCCAUCCAAAUACGUCGUUAAGAUUUGCAGUAUCAGACACUUUCCAGUGGCGCACAGUUGCAGUUCAGAUCGUUAAAGAAACGACCUCACUUCAUACAAUUUCCAACCGAAGAAGAAGAAAAUGGCAAACACGACGUCGUGUACUAAAUUAACAGUUUUGACGCUAACUGCAGUUAUCAUCCAAAUCGCCGCUCUCUCUCUCUUCGUCUUCAGCUUCUUCCCCGUCAAACCUGCCCUUUCCGGCGUCAGCGGUUUAGAAAGCUUUUACGCACCGCAUUGCAAUCCCGUCGUCCAUAAUCAAACCGAGACCGACUUAAAAUCUCUAUAUCAGGAGCUAUCUCAAAUCCCUCCUUUAUUUGACAGACUCAUUUUUAUGGUUAUUGAUGGUCUUCCAGCUGAAUUUUUGCUUGGCAAGGAUGAAAAACCGCCACGUGAUGAUUUGAUAAAAGCAAUGCCUUACACUCAGUCGUUGCUGAAUAGUGGCAUGGCAGUUGGUUACCACGCUAAAGCUGCUCCUCCUACUGUUACUAUGCCUCGCUUGAAGGCUAUGGUUUCUGGUGCAAUUGGAGGUUUCUUGGAUGUCGCUUUCAAUUUUAAUACUCAGGCUUUGUUGGAUGAUAAUCUUCUUGAUCAGUUUUUUAGGAUUGGUUGGAAAAUGAUCAUGCUUGGUGAUGAAACAUGGCUUAAGUUAUUUCCUGAAUUAUUUGUCAGAUACGAUGGAGUCAGCAGUUUUUUCGUUAAAGACACGGUGCAAGUAGAUCAAAAUGUUUCUCGGCAUUUGAGGGAUGAGCUUCACGCAGAGGAUUGGAAACUCCUGAUUCUGCAUUAUCUAGGCUUGGAUCAUGUUGGACAUAUUGGUGGACGCAGCAGUUCCUUGAUGUGCCCAAAGCUCACCGAGAUGGAUGAAGUGGUGAAGAUGAUUCAUUUGAGCAGUACUCAGAUGAAUGCUGAUCAUCAAGCACAGACUCUCUUGGUGGUUGUAAGUGAUCAUGGCAUGACUGAGAAUGGUAAUCACGGGGGUUCUUCAUUUGAAGAAACCGACUCUUUAGCACUUUUUGUUGGCCUGAAAAAUGGUGUUUCGGAUUAUAAAUCAGCUACUCAUAAUUUUGUUCAUCAGGUGGACAUCGCUCCUACAUUAGCUCUUCUGUUUGGCGUGCCAAUUCCUAAAAACAAUGUUGGUGUUUUGAUUUCAGGAACUUUUGAUUCUUUUACAGAUGAUCAACAGCUAAGGGCAUUGGAGUUGAAUUCCUGGCAGUUACUCAGAUUAUUGGAAGCGGAGUUACCUGGUUUAUCAUGUGAAUUCGUCCCAUGCGAUGGCUUCAGUUAUGGGGCGUCUGGAACUGGGGACUGCAGUGGCAGCAUGGAGAAUAUAUUCUGCUGUUUAUAUACAAAAGCUGCAAAUCUUCAUAAUUUCUGGAAGUUAAAGAAAAAAACAGGGUCAAAAAAUUGGGAUGAUUUUAGCAGCAGUGUCGCAGCAUAUUAUGAAUUUCUGAACACUGCAAGUGAGUGGUUAUCACGCAGGGUAACUGAUAAACCUGUUUCCUCACUUGCUUUUGGGGUUGUAGCAAUGAUCCUAUCAUCUCUAAUGCUAUUAAGCCUCAUAAUUUGCUUGAGCAGAGAAGUUCACCCAGGGGAGAAGCAAUACCUUUCUAGCUCGAGCAACAGCAGACAUAGAUGGCCAAUAGACGAGACCUUCAUUUUGUGUGUUGUUUUGAUCCUUGUUGUGAGUAUGGGUUCAAGUUCUAUGGUAGAAGAAGAGCAAUAUAUUUGGAAUUUUGUCAUAUCUACGUCAUAUCUGUUAUUACUUCGAAAAUUAGUACAGUUUCUUCCUGGGAGCAGUAGAAAUGCAUUAGGUUUGAAGGGAUGCAAUGGAAGAAGUAGUAUUCAAAUGUCUUCCAUCUUGUUGCUUCUUAUUUCUGGACGAAUUUUGAGGGGUUGGCAUCAGGGUGGUGUAAACUGGACUCAUCUUUCAGACAUAUCAAAGUGGCUUGAACAUGGUGGGAGCAAGUUUAUAGGAUUAAUUCAGCUCGUCUCAGGCCUUCUAGUGCUCAGCUUAGGCUUAUUUGCUUCAUCUUUUUCGAGAUCCAAGAGGAAAAUUGUUCAAGUGGUUGGAUUUUACCUUUUGAUAUCUGGAUUGCUGGUUUUAUGGCAUAUUAUGGAGUACCAAGACAACUCAUAUGCAUCAUCCAACUAUCAUGCUACUAUAUUGGCACAGAUAAUCUAUGCGAUUCUGGGUAUCGGUACAAUCAGUACUGUUGUAGCCGUACCAUGGAUUAUGCCCAUUUGGAACUCUGCUGCAUGCUCAAGGCGCAGUAUCGACUCACUCAGCUCAGCAUCUACUGACAAUCAAUAUAAGUCUCCUCUGUUGGAAUUUAAAUAUUCUUCAUAUUUAAUUGGUUUGGCAUACAUGUUAUGUUGGUGUCUUCUGCAAUUGUUGCUCCAACAGCCGAUCAAUUCAAUGCCCAUCUUUUUGCUUCUAAUGCAAAUCCUGACCAGCAUGCUGUAUUAUUCUCACAGUUCACCGCGGAGUAAGGAAUGGCUUGAGGUUGCUUUACUUUACUAUUUGGGAAUGGCUGGACAUUUUGCUCUAGGGAACAGCAAUACUUUGGCCACUAUUGAUGUUGCUGGAGCUUUUAUGGGCCUCUCUAGUCACUCAACAUUACUUUCUGGCAUUUUGAUGUUCAUAAUCACCUAUGCUUCCCCCAUGUUAGUUCUUCUUAGCAUGGUUAUGUAUAUCUCGGUGAAGGAUGACGCAAGCUAUGCUGUACCUACCCAAACAGUAGAGUUGGGGCAAUUUCUGAAAGUGAUGCUCGGGUUUCCCUGCCUAGUUCCACUGGGCUUGAAUUCCAUUUUGUUGACUGCGUAUACCAUAGUGUUGCUAUUAAUGAGGAACCAUUUGUUUGUUUGGAGCGUCUUCUCUCCGAAGUUCUUGUAUGUGUGCGCGACAACUAUAUGCAUCUACAUAGGGGUCUUUGUGGUGGCUGUAACUGAGAUUUACGUAUAUAUGGUACUAGUUUUGCGGAGAAAGAUUCAGGUUUCUGGCGAUGGAAUUAGAUAGAACUUUACAUGUCAAGAAACUCCAGUUUCAAUCUAUUUAUUUUGGAGACAUCAGACAAAUUUAGAUGAAGAUCCCCAAUCCAAAUGAUUAUUAUGUCAAUCAUUUUUCUUAGAUUGAGCACAUUUUUGUGAUAUAGCUGUAAAUUAACAUCUUUUGAAAUGCUAGCUAGUCCAGAUUUUUUAUUUUA